ACUACCGCCACUUCGAGCUGUGAACAGGAAUUACUUGAGGAAGUCGCCUCGCUUCAUUUUGACGUUGUAGUUAGUCCGAAACGAACUAAAGGCUUCAAGUGGACCGUAAAUAUCGAGGACGCAACUCUCAAAGGCCUUAAAGAAUAUAUACAAAAAAUAGAGAAACCACCGGCUCUCGAGAAUGAUUCUGCGGUAUUAAAGUUAAUAAGUGAUGGGAAAAGAUAUUCACCUUGGAACGAUCAAGAUCUCUGCAAAGUGCUCCGGCUAUUCAUAUUAAAGAAGAAUUUCAAGUUUACUGUGUUUAUCGAGACGCCAUCAAAACCAUUUAACGAGUUGACCUUUCCGAAAGUGUGUGAACUCUAUGAGCUUAGCGAUGAUCCGAAUCCCGACAUUGACGUGUACUCUGCUUUUUCAUGUGGUACUACUGACCUAAGUUGCGAUAAGUCCAAAGCUGUGGUUAACCAUCUAAUGGCCAAACUGAACCUUCGUAAAAAGACAACCCCAUUGAUAUUGGCAUAUGAGUCCUGGAAAAACUCGUCAAGGGUCAUAAUGGGCAAGGAAAUCUCGAUUUGGCGAUAG